AUGAAGUCAUCAAGAAUUGUUGUGCCAUCAGCUAUGAGGCUGCAAGUGCUGGACAAAGUGCAUGAAGGACACCAACCAAACCAAGUGCAGAGAACGUGCAAAGGCUUCUAUUUGGUGGCCUGGUCUCAGCCGGUUCAAGACAUGGUCGAGAAUUGCAAGGUUUGUGCUAAAUACCGACAACUGCAAGCCGAGCCACUAAUGCCAACCUCCUUCCCUGAACGCCCUUGGCAGAUGAUUGCAACAGAUCUGUUUGAGCUCGACAAGCUGAAUUACCUGAUAGUGGUGGACUACUUCUCGCGCUAUAUCAAAGUAGCUGCCAUGCAAAAGACCAGCAAGUCUCUUGAAGUCAUUGAAGUCAUUGAAAGCAAUGUUCACAAGACAUGGAAUCCCAGAAGAAGCGACAAUGGCCCACAGUACCCUUCAGCAGAAUUCACUAACUUUGCAAAAGAGUGGGGUUUCAAGCAUAUCACGAGCAGUCCUUGCUUCCCACAAUCCAUUAGUGAGGUGGAGCGUGCGGUAGAAACUAUUAAAUCACUGCUAAAAAAAGAGAAAGACCCAUCCAAGGGACUUUCAGGAUAUAGAUCUACCCACAUGCUUGUGGUUAUUCACCAUCAGAACUACUAA